GCGGCGGCGGCGGCGGGAGCGGCCGGGAGCGCGCGCCAUGGGGGAGGCCGAGCGUGACCCCUACCGGGACACGUGGAUCCGAUACCUGGGUUAUGCCAACGAGGUGGGCGAGUCGUUCCGGCCCGUGGUGCCCGUGCAGGUGGUGUGGGCCAGCUACGGUGUGGCCAGCGCCUACGUGACGGCCGACGCCAUUGACAAGGGCCGGAAAGCUGCCGCUGCCCACGCCCAGGACCCCGCGCAGGCCACGCGCGUGGGGGUGGCCGUGGUGGACACCUUCGUCUGGCAGAGCUUGGCCUCGGUGGCCAUCCCCGGCUUCACCAUCAACCGCCUGUGCGCCGCCUCGCUGGCCCUGCUGGGCACCCUCACCCGCUGGCCCCUGCCCCUGCGCCGCUGGACCACCACGGCCCUGGGGCUGGCAGCCAUCCCCCUCAUCAUCACCCCCAUUGACAGGACUGUGGAUUUCCUGAUGGACUCCAGUCUCCGCAAGCUCUAUGGGGCCCCAGGAGAGCCCCCAGCCCCACACUGAGCACCCCCAGGCUGGGGAAACUGAGGCACGCUGCUGUUCUUAGGGUGCUGUGACCCAUCUACUGUGAACCCUUGCUCCACUGGUGGCCCCAGAGCGGCCAACCCUGCCCCACGCCUGGUCCUAAUAAACUAUUU